AUGGACAAGGCCACCAGUGACAAGAUAUUCUGCUGCAGCUGGAUGCGCAGCAAGCUCCCCCUGGCCGUCAGGGAAGAGGUGUACCACCUAUUGAGGAUGAUGGGGCCCCUGUUGGUGGCUCGACUCUUCGGUUAUCUCCUUCCGUUUGUGGUGACCAUGUUCUGCGGACGCCUGACCAACGAGGUGAUGGCCGGUUACGGAUUAGCAUUUGCUACCAUCAAUGUGACCACAGCAGCAACAGGCCUGGGUUUAGGGAUCACACUUGAUACUUUGGUGGCUCAGACAUUCGGUGGUAGGAACCUGCUGCGCGUGGGCGUGAUCCUGCAGCGAGGCAUCAUCAUCCUGCUGUUGUUCUGUCUGCCCUGCUGGGGUCUGCUUCUCAAUGCCCAGACCCUCCUGCUGCUCAUGGGUCAGGACCCUGAGGUCACCCGAAUCGCACAGUUGUAUAUCACAGCGUUCAUCCCAGCAAUACCUGCAGUGUUUCUAUAUCAACUCCAAGUGUCCUACCUUCAGAAUCAGGGUAUUAUACUGCCACAGAUGUAUGCUGGCGCCCUGGCAAAUGUGGCAAACUUGCUGACAAACUACAUCUUUAUUAACGUGCUCGAUCUCGGGGUGAAUGGAUCUGCAGCAGCCAGCACUCUGUCGGAGAUUUACAUAUGUGCCUUCCUGUUUGCGUACAUCUGGUGGAAGAAGCUGCAUAAAGCGACAUGGGGAGGCUGGUCUGUGGAGUCGCUGCAGGAGUGGGGCUCCUUCAUGAAACUGGCCAUCCCCAGCACACUCAUGACGUGCUUUGAAUGGUGGAUUCAUGACUUCGGGGGCUUUUUUGCAGGGAUGCUGGGUAAAUACGAACUGGCGGUCCAUCAUGCCUUGAUAACAGUGGUAAACUUCAACUAUAUGGUGACGCUCAGCAUCCAGGGGGCGGCGUGCGCUCGAGUGGGCAACGCCCUAGGUGCAGGCUCCACAGCCGGAGCACUCCUCACCUGCAAGGUGGCACUGUCGUUUUCAGUCGUCUUUGCCGUUGUUCAAGCCACCGUUCUCGGAUCUACUAAAUCCGUCAUCGGCUUCCUCUUCACCUCUGAUAUGAAGAUCAUCAGUCUACUCUCUCGCUUGAUAAGUAUUUACUGCUUCCAACAGUUAUUUGAUGGCAUUGUGGGGGUGUGUCCGGCAGGCAUCUUUAUAGGAACGGGGAAGCAAAAGAUUGCGGCAGUGGCUAACUUCAUCGGCUACUACUGCAUUGGGCUCUCCAUUGGUAUUGUGCUGAUGUUUGUCGCCAAACUCAACAUUUUAGGUUUCUGGCUGGGGCUUCUCAUUUGCGUGGUUCUACAAUCCACCUUCUACAUCGUGGUCAUAUUCAGACUCAACUGGAAGAGCAUCACAGAGGAGGUGCUGAAACGAGCGCAGACGAAGACAACUGUCCCAUUACUGAACACAAGUGCUGCAACAAAUAACCACAGUGGAGAGCAGACACAACUCCAGCACAAUUCAGCGGAAGGCUUCACGCACGUGAGCGGCGAGUGUCCUGACGGCAGCGCGAAGACUCCACCCGGUGACAAGGAGGAUACCGUGCAUCUCUCUGUUUCCCAAUUGGUUCUCCGCCGAGGCGUCACCGUGGUUACGGUGCUGGGGCUCCUUGUGGUAGGCGCUUACGUACACUUCCUGGUGCCGCCACCCGAGAACAUGCUGCUGCUUAAGGCCAACCUCACGAGCAUCAACGCCACACACAGUCCUCUACAAACUGUCAAUAUGUUGGACUGGUGA